UUGUGCAAAAGGUUGGUAAAAUCUAGACGCUCCCUAAAAGUCGUGAAUAGAAGACCCUUCAGUUUGCUUAGAAAUAAGCGCACAUCGCCAAAGAAUCAUACACUGGCUGAAAGACUCAAUACCAAGUAGGCUGUACUGUUGGCUGGGAAACUUGCAGUGCUGUUCUGGGAACGCAGGGUGAGAUGGAGAAUGUGAAGAGCUGGGAGGGUUCUAGGUGCUCCUUCGGCCAGAUAAAGGGGGUGCCUCUGCUGGAGCCCACCGUACAAAACUGGGAGUUAGUGGAAAACUUCAGAGCACAGCCAGAUGACCUGCUGAUAGCCACAUACCCCAAAGCAGGCACCACCUGGACUCAGGAGAUUGUUGAUCUGAUCCUGAACGACGGAGACGCAGAGAAAUGCCGUCGAGCACCGACACACAAGCGCAUGCCCUUCCUGGAGAUGUUCCCUGUCCCCCCCUUAGAGUCUGGUGUCAGUCAGCUGGACAAGAUGCCCUCACCUCGCGUCAUCAAGACCCACCUGCCCAUUCAGCUGGUCCCCCAGUCCUUCUGGGACAACAAUUGCAAGGUGAUCUACAUGGCCCGCAAUGCGAAGGACAGCGUGGUGUCGUACUUCUACUUCGACCGAAUGAACCGCAUCCAGCCUGACCCCGGGCCCUGGGACCAGUACCUUCACAAGUUCAUGCAUGGACAGCUGUGCUGUGGCUACUGGUACGACCACGUGAAGGGUUACUGGAGGGAGAAAGAGACGAAGAGGAUUCUCUACCUGCUAUACGAGGACAUGAAGGAGAACCCUCGGGACGAGGUCAUCCGUGUGAUGCGCUUUCUGGAGCACCCGCUGCCUGAUGACAUCAUUGACCGGAUCAUUGAGCUCACUUCCUUUUCGACGAUGAAAGAGAACCCAAUGGCAAAUUACUCCACCAUCCCAGACAGCGUGUUCGACCGCUCAGUCUCCACAUUCAUGAGGAAAGGGGAAGUGGGGGACUGGCUGAACCACUUUAGCCCUGAAGAGAGCAGGCUCUUCGACGAGCACUAUGAGAAAAUGAUGUCUGGAACCUCCAUUCCAUUCCGAACCCAACUCUGAGGGACCGUCCACAAACUCUACCACUUCAAACUCUGAUCUGAGAGACCACUGUGAACCCCGCUGAAAAAACCUUAGGGACCAUCCACAAACUCCAGCACUUCAACUCUGAUCUGAGAGACCACUGUGUACCCCACUGAAAAAACCAUAGGGACAUUCCACAAACUCCACUCUAAACUCCCAUCCACUUCCCUGAUUUUCAGAAGCAUGCUGAAAUUGACAGAUCAAAUGUAAUCUAAGAUGGGUGUAUGGGAGGUAAUAAUAACGUUAUAUUUAUUAAUCAGAUAUUUGCAGUAAUAACUAUCUUUUGUAUGUUUUUAUUGUAUUACUAUUCAGCUUAGGCUAGGCUACCCAUAAAUAAAGUAUUGGCAGACCUUG